AUGGAUGAUGAUAAAAUUAAAGAUAUUUAUUUAAGUUUAAAAAAUAAAAAUAAAAAAGAAUGGGGAGAAUUGAUGCAGCAGUUAACGAAAGAUCAGAAACGAAGACUAAUCUUUUAUAUAAAAAAGAAAAAUAAGAAUUCUUUGAAUAAGAUUAAGAAUAUUAAAAUUGAGAAAAAUAGCGAGAAAAUCAAGACAAAACCAAGUAACCAUUAUCAGCAGUAUAUCCUAAUUGAUUAUUCAAAUGUAAAUUAUGAUUUGAAUUUAAAAAAUUAUAUAGCUAGAAUUUUACGAAUUUACAAAUUAGAAGACAACUUUGAUUUCGUAAAAGGGCUACAUCUAUAUAUGAAUAUUUUAUGUUAUGUUAUUUUUAAAAAAUUUACGUACGAGUAUAAAAAUGAUAGGACAAAUAAAAAUCUGUUAAUAUUUCUAAAGAAGGUAUUCCCUUUUGAGUUUCAAAAUUUUCAAGACAUAUAUAAUAUGAGAUGGAAUAAAGAUUUUAUAUCUUCUGAAAAUAUGGUUAAUGAAAAUACUGUAAUAGAUGAGGAUAGUACCCAAAAUGGGAAAGAAGUAAAUUUAUUGAGCGAAGAAAAAAAUAAUAAUAAUACUUAUAAAAAGGAUACCAUAAAAAAAGACAUAGAUCAACAGUGUAAUACAUACAGUAACUCAAAUAAGGAAAAUGCAAAUAACAUGGAAAAUGAAAAUAUUUGGGUGAAUGAUAUAGUAAGUAGUGGGGAUUAUGAGAACCCUUUUUUUUAUAAUAAAAACACACUCAACUUAGAUGGUGAAGGUAACUCCAGAAUUAAUAGUAUCAAUAAACUAGGCAAUGAUUUCGUAGUAGUAAAAACUGAAAAAGAAGAUGAUAAUACAUGUACGAGUAAGGAAAAUAAUAAUAACCAUGUAAUGGUACAACAUUUAAGUAAAUACAUAAAAAAGGAAUAUAUAUUUCAUGAAUUUUUUAAAAAUAAAGAUAUAAAAAAAAUUAUGGUAAAUAUAUUUGAUGAAAAAAGAUAUGAUUAUAGAAUUCGUUUUAGAAGUAUAAUAUCAAAAAGUUUAAAUGAUCUAGAAUAUAAAAAGUAUUGUGAUCAAAGAGAAAAAUUAUUUAAAUAUAAAAAAAAAAAUUUUAUUAGAUGGCUUUCUCAAUUUACAAAUAUUAAUUCUCUAGACAUGUACGUAGUAAACUUUUUUAUAUUUUUAUUUUUAGAUCGAUUAUAUCUAAUAAUAGAAACGUUUAUUCGAUUGAAUUAUUAUAGUAUCAGAACAGCAGAUUUUUCUUCUCCUGAUCAUUUUUUAGAAAAUAUAGACGAGUUUCAAAAUUUUAAUGAUAUUUUAAAUUAUUUUACAAAUAUAAUACAAUCAAAUGUAUUAGUUAACAACGUAGGUGAUAGUACCAAAGAGAAUAUUCAGUCCAUAAGUAACAAGGAUGUUGAACAUUUCAACAAAAUUUAUCACAAUAUCGUUAAAGUCAAUUUUCAGAAUUUUUUUUUAUCUAUAGAUUUAAUAUAUAACGUAGAUAUUUACAAUUUCAAAAUAAAAAAUAAAAUAAAUUUUGAAAAAUUAAUAAAAGUUGAUAUCUCUUCUUACAUCAAUGAUACGAAUAUUUAUGAUAUAAUUCAAUAUGAUAAAAAUAAUAAUGCAGACCCAUGGAAAGUUUUAACAAAUUUUACCUUACACCAAAAUAAGAAUUUAAAUUUGCAAAAAUUUGACUGCUUUUCCAUCUUCCUAAUUGUACGAUUCAAGUAUUAUUUAGAAGAAUAUAAGGAGAAAGCAAAUAUAGAUUGCAUAUACAAAACUGUAAAAGAAGAGUUUGAUCAGGUAGAAAAUUAUUUAAAGUGUCAUGGUAACAAAACUAUUGAAAUUAGUGAAAAUGCUGCUUUUAGUGAAGGCAUCUUUGAAUACAACCAUCUUAUACCACUGUAUAUGGAUUUGCAAAAUGAAUUAAAAAAGGUAAAUGAAUACAUAAAAUUCUACGGGAAUUUAAUAUCAUUUGUAAAUUUUAUUCAGAGAUAUGCUCAUAGCGCGUCUAGCAAUGUUGUUAAGCUGGAGCAUAAUGAAGAGACAAAGGAAUAUUUUGACUUGUCUUUUUUUUUAAGUGCGCAUAUGAAAGGAAAUGUGAAGAAAGAGUAA